AUGGUAAGUUAUGGAGGGAGUAGAAAAAGACAACUUGAAAGUGGGGAAAGUGAACCUAAGCCAAAGAGGAAACGAGCCACAGGAGGAGAAACAUUGGUAUAUUUACAAGAAAAAUCUGAAAAGGAAUUUGAGCUACGAAAGGCUGAACUGGAAAUUAAGAAAAAAGAAGUAGAAAACAACAGGGAAGUGGAGAUGACAUUGCAGAAACAGCAGCAACAACAGUUCAUGGACUUUCAGAAGACUAUUAUGGAACAGUAUCAACAACAGGCCUGGUCACCAAGCAAGAUGGAGGUUGUUUUAUCGCUCCGUAAAAUGCUUACUCAAUCCAUAUCAAUCUGGUGUCAAUGAUUACUGUUCUUUUACUAUUUAUAUGUUUUUAUGUCCUUAUAAGCAUAUUCGUCAAUAUGGCAACAGAAAUUAAAAAUUUGGAGGCUAUCUUAAUUUGGAGGCUAUGUGUUCAUUAUCGUUUCUAAGUGCAAAAUAUGAUGAGCUAAAUGAUAAAGCUAUAAAUAUGGAAGCAGGAAUGAAAAAGCUAAAAGAUGAGAACUCUAUUUUAAAACGUGAUCUUGCUAACACAAAGGGUGAAAAUGAUCUAUUGAAAAUUGCUCAAGACGAACUUGAGCAGUAUGGAAGACGAGAAUGUGUCGAAAUAAGAGGGAUUCCUUUGGUUCCUGACGAGAAUACUAAUGAAAUUGUCAUAAAAUUGGCAUCUAAACUUGGGAUUGAUAUUACCAAAACUGAUAUAUCUAUUAGUCAUCGCUUGGGGACCCCAGCUGCUGGCAGUACCCGUUCUGGUCGUUCUUUCAGUACAAUUCCAGUGCCAGCUAUUAUGAUUAAAUUUACACGACGAGAUAUUAGAGAUAAGCUGUACACUUCAAGAUCUAAGUUGAGAAAUGUCAGUUUGAAAGAUCUUGGCUACACUAGACAUGUAGAAUCGAAGAUUUUUAUGGUGGAGAGCUUAACUAAGAAACGUAAGCUUCUGUUUAAAGCAUGUCUUGAAAAGAAAAGGGAAAUUGGUUUUCAAUUUAUAUGGACUCGUUAUGGGAAAAUCUAUUUACGUAAGGAUAAAGACAGCUCAGCUAUACUUAUCGAGAACAUUCAAGAUCUGCAUAGACUUUCAAGAUAAGUUUAUAUAUUGCCAAUCUAUUUAAUAUUUGUUGUGUGGUAAAUUAGUGCAAGGCUUAAUAAUAUAUGGAACUUGUAUAUUUAAUGUUAAUCAUCAGUGACUUAGAUUGCAUGAUUUGCCUAGCUUUGGUGUUGCCUCAGCAAUAUCAAAGAUUCCAAUCUUACAAAAUGUUGAUCAACAUGUUCCUAGUCAGAUAAAUUUUAAUUAUUAUUCCAAGCAGGAUUUUCUCAAUUGUAGGGAAAUUUCCUCUUUAUCCAAACAUGAUCUUUUUUCAACCAUACACUGUAAUAUUAGGAGUCUUGCAGCCAAUAUUGAUAAACUUUCUUUACUACUCUCCCAAUUAAAGUUUCCAUUUUCUGUGAUUGGAAUUUCAGAAACAAAGAUAAAACAGCAACAAGAGUGUAUAAUUAAUACUGACAUUAGUGGGUAUAAUUUUUUUAUCACAACCUUCUCUAUCAAAUGCUGGUGGGGUUGGAUUAUUUGUGAACAAUAAUUUAAAAUACUCGAAAAGAGAUGAUCUAUGCACUUCAAAAAAUGAAUUCGAAGCAUUGUGGAUUGAUAUUGAAGGUCAUGAUCGGGGAAUAACAUGUGGUGUUUUAUAUCGACACCCAAAAGCAAACCUUGAAAAUUUUACUAAUUAUUUAUACUCUAUCCUUGACAAAAUUGCUAAUGAGAAUAAAUUAUUAAUAUUAAUGGGAGAUCUUAAUAUUAAUCUACUAAACUAUGAAACACAUAGUCCAACUGAAAGUUUUGUUAAUACCAUGUUUACAUACAAUCUCCAUCCUAAAAUCAUUCAACCCAUGCACUAGAAUAACUCAUCAUAGUACAACUUUAAUUGAUAAUAUCUUUAUAAAUUCAUUAGGCUAUCAUACUGUAAGUGGAAAUAUAUUUUCAGAUUUAUCUGACCAUUUACCAAAUUUCCUUAUAAUUCAUAAAAACAUAAGUAAAAUUUCUAAAACAAAUAUUUGUAAGAGAGACUAUGCUAAUUUUGAUGAGGCUUCUUUGAUUAAUGAAGUUUCUUCAAUUGAUUGGAAUGUAACGUUACCACAAAAUAAUAAUGUGAAUGAUAUUUUUAACAGCUUUUACUGCAAGAUUUCAGAGAUGAUUGAAAAUCAUACACCACUUAAGAAAUUAUCAAGACAAGAUGUCAGUUUUAGCCUUAAACCAUGGAUCACUUCAGCAAUAAAAGUGUCUAUUAAACAAAAAAAUCGACUAUAUAGGAAACAGUUAGGAAGUAAUAAUGAAUUUCUAAUUUUGGAAUACAGAAGAUAUAGCAAUAAACUUGGCAAACUUAUAAAAUUGAGCAAGAAAAAUUAUUACCAAAAUUUUUUUAAAGAAAACUCUUCUAAUUUAAAAAAAAUAUGGACUGGAAUUAUGCACUAGUCAAUUGAAACCCCGGCCCCCCGGGACAGGGCGGGGAAUGAACGGGGGAAUGACCAUGGAUUAACAUGGUUUUAACACACCAUUUUCCCCGGGGUACAGGGUAAAUAACAAGUCAAUUUGUUAGCUGGGACAAUAGCCGGGACUUUAAUGCAUGGCUGAUAUGAAAGUGGACUGGAACGAGUUUAUCCUCGCGGCAACAUGGCGGAAUCUUCGAAAUCAGAGAAUUGUUUCCUCAUAGUUUUUCUUAAAAAAAGGGAAUAUAUUUUCACUUUUUAUAUAUUCCUGAUGAUGACUGAUAUCGAAGGAACUAGACUCACUAUCUAACUCACGAACUAGACAAUAUGGCAUACUCGAACCAACCUGACCGCGCAGCUCAGUCAGCAGAGCGUUGGGCUAGUGUUCCAAAGGUCGUAGGUUCGAUUCCCACCGUGGCCAGGCAUAUUUUUCAAGCCUGCCCGGUGUGGAUAUACACUCAGAGUAACAUCACACAAGCAUCUUAUUCACCUGAAUACAUUAGGGCCUACACCAACACAGCCGAAUAUCAGAUUAUUACAUUACACUGAUAUCUAAGGAACUAGACUCAGUUUCGAAAUAUCGCAUAGUCGAACUGACCUGACCCCGUAGCUCAGUUGGCAGAGCGUUGGGCUAGUAUUCCAAAGGUCGUAGGUUCCAUUCCCACCGUGGCCAGGCAUAUUUUUCAAGCCUGCCUGGUGUGGAUAUACACUCAGAGUAACAUCACACAAGCGACUGCAAGAUACUCAAAACGUAGAUUAUUCAGUAUCUUUUGAUGCGGAUCAAAGUUUAAGAUCAAGAAUUGCCUUCACAUGAUGUUAACAUUUUAUACUUCAAUGAUUUCCCAUUUCCCAAGUCAUGAAAAUUUGCAAAGUGCCGGGGCCAUAGGGGCGGUAACUUUAACAGUCAAUAUUCCCCCGGUAGCGGGGAAAUUACCAAACUUUAACAUAGUCAAAAUGUUAAUUUCCCGGCCCUAUCCCGGGGGUCGGGGUUUCAAUUGACUAGUGCAUUAGGGACAUAGUCAAUCCAAAAACAAAGAGCACUCAGGGACUACAAAGUAAAAUAGUUGAGAAUAAUAUCGAAAUCACAGAUACUAAAACAAUUGCUGAAACAUUUAACAAAUACUUUUCUUCAAUUGGUUCAAGAAUUGUUGACUCAAUUAGUUCUAACGAUAUUUCACCCCUUGAAUACAUGGAUUUUUCAAUACCAACUAGCUUUUUUCUCUCACCAGUCACUGCAAAUGAGAUUCAACUGGAAAUUGCCAAACUCAAUAUAUCAAAAACAAGUGGUCCUUUUAGUAUUCCAACAAAGCUGCUAAAAAAUUUAUAUUGCAAUAUAUCUGAACCAUUAGAGAUUUUGUAUAAUUAG